AUGAACGUCCUCAGACAACAAUUUCGAAUUUCCACGGUAAAAGCAUCGUUCCGCUCAUGGUCAACCACCUAUGCUGUUCUAUCAACUCAGCAGAAAAUACAAAAAAGAAGUGUCGCCACUGGCGGAAAGCGUUUUCAAUUGAACACAGGCGCUAGCAUUCCUGCCAUUGUUUUUGGUACUUUCCAAGACCCUGAUGCACAAGAAGACGCAGUAUCACGAGCUUUGAAGGCGGUAAUGCGUCUAAUCGAUACCGCACGAGUACAUAAUGUCGAGAAACAAGUAGGAAAGGGUAUCAAGAGGAGCGACGUCCCUAGAGAAGACAUCUUUCUCGGUACGAAACUAUGGUGCAAUAACUUUCACCCAGAUGACGUUGAGAGAGCCUUGGAUGAGUCUCUGACGGAUCUUCAUACGCCUUACGUGGAUCUCUUGAUGAUGCACUACCCUUGCACCUUUGCGAGGGGAGAAGAUUGUUUCCCUCGAGACAGUGACGGGAGAAUGAUACUAGGGAAAACAACCAAUGUGGAUACUUGGAAGGCUAUGGAGCAGUUGCUAAAGAGUGGAAAAGUCAAGGCCAUCGGAGUUUCUAACUUUAGUAAAUAUGAGCUCGAGACGCUCAUCGACGAGUGUUCAGUGAUUCCUGCCGUUCAUCAGAUGGAAGUACACCCUUAUCUGCAACAAAAGGGGUUCAAUGAAUGGUUACGCUCUCAAGAAAUCCAUGUGGUUCAAUUCAGCCCUCUCGGAAACAUGAACGACUUUUACCGUUCGACGGGCUGGAGUAAAGAAGUUUCGCACAUGAUGCGGGUCAUCGAUCAGCCACUUCUCAAAAACUUAACCAGAAAUAUGGCAAGAAGUACCAUCGAUUGGCAGAUCAAGGAAAAUGUCGAGGCUGAUUUCAAGAUGGAACCAGAGGAUGUUAAAGCCAUCGAAACACUAGGCGUUAAGGCGCGCUUCAACGAUCCCAGCCUAGACUACCAGUGGAGACUCUAUAGUGACCUUGAGGGGACCGAGGAUACAAUGGACGGUCGAACGCGUUAG